AAAUACGGAAGUGAACCUAUGACGACUGUACUACCCGGAAGUUUUUAGCGUCACCGGGCAAGUUGAAGAAUCGAUUUGUCCACAAAGUUUAAAAUGCAACGUGAAAAGAGUGUCAAAGCGAAAGAAGUGAUUGAAUCACUUUGUAAACUUCUAUAUUCACUAGGUUUGGAGUGUGUACCAAGUGCAGAAACGUUCAGACGGGCUAAGUUUAACAAAGGAGAGGAUGUGGUGGUGGAGUUCUGGAAGCUCCUUCAUAGUGUUCUUCUGAAAAAACUGCUACUGGAAUGUUCUUGCACAACACUUUCAGAUUUGGACAGCCAUGUGAGAGAGGCACUCUGGCAGUGUGGUUACGGUGCCAGCUGGAUUGUUGUGACGACUGCCGGGCUCCGUCCCAGGAGUGAAGUUGGGAGCCGAGAGCUGCUGGUGGCGUUUGGGUGGGUGUUGUCUUCAGGGAGCCUGCUGGAGGCCCUGCUGAGAGCAAGAUCCCUGGAGCUGGAUAUCCUCUCACUCCCACCCACGAUCUCACUGAGUAGCCCCAGAGAGGGAGGCUCCCUUGGGGAUGUAGAUGGCCAAGGAGGCCUGAAGGAAGACUGGCUCCUCAGGAGACUCCAAUGGCAGUAUGGGAAACUCAGGUUCCAGUGGCGGAGGUUGCUCUCCAUUCAAGAGGAAAGAGCUAGACUCCUUCACCAGGUCCUUUCCUCCAGCACAAUGCCCUCCACGUCCACCUCCCAGCCCUCUUCUGAUGACCAUCACAGCAUGUGCUCAACUGCCCUGAAAAAGGAGGUGGAGCGUCUACAGACUCUCAGUCAGUUGUUGGAGGCCUACCUGGAGUGGAAGAGACAGGAGCCACUCUUCUGGUGCUGGAUGGAUAGUGUUGUGGACAGCCAGCUCUCAGACCUGAGAGAGGAGGACACUGUAGAGAACAUGUCACCUGUACACCAAGUUGUCAAUAGGUGCUUUCCCUACAGUUACAAGGACAAGGAGGGUCUGGAACAACUGGACAACAUGCUGCUGAAGCUGCACACAGGGCUGAAGGACACAUACACAAGACAGAACAGAAAAGCGCAGAGUGUUCUUCAAGACGCUGAGGAGUUGGAGGAGAUUGAGAGGCGAGUGGCUCUCAGGCUGCAUGGCUUGGCUGAGUCCUGUACUUCAACUCCUACAUCUGGUUGCUGUAGUUACAGGCCAAGUCUCCAGGGGCCACAGCUACUUCCAAACCAUCACCAGCCUUGUAGGCCAGGGUCUGUGCUCCCACAAGCCUGUGAUGGGGCAGUGCUGCCAGGCAAGGUGUCUGGGACAGGGACGGUGAUGGUCCAAGUCCAGGCCUCCUCACUGAUCGUCAAGCUGCAGCAGAGAGAGGACUUUCUGCUGGGGGAACUGGGCCAGAUGAGGCAGGCAAAGCGGGGACAGAUCCAGGAGAAGACAGCCAGCUGGCUGGAGGGGGUUGGAGUUGUCCUCAUCCCCCCUCUCCCUCUCAAGAGAUAAACACUAACAGGAUGCUACUUCAGGGUGUCUGUGCGUGCAAGCGAGUGAACAGGAUGCUGUUCAGCUCGGUGGCUGACAGACUGUCUGUCCCCAGACUACUUUCAUAGAAAUAGAAUGACUAGAAGGUGCAAAGCUGCUCGACAAUUUGUGGCUAUAUGUUAUAUUAAUUAUAUUUAUAUGUCUACUGCUAAUAUAUUAUGAUGCGAUGGACUGCAUGUGAUAUAUUUCAAAUUACAUCUGAAAUGAACAUGAAUCAGUUGAAAUCAAGAUAUUUGUGUGUGUGUGUGUGUGUUUGUGUGUGUGUGUUGAUGUAAUCCACUGUGGGAGACGACAUAAACACCUGUGUGGGCUGGCUGUUAAGUUGCUGGGUUGGUUUAUUUUUCUUGUAUCUUGUCUUUUCUCGGUGCUAAGCUUUCAGGAGAGAAAACAGUCUUAAAGUUCUGAAGUAGGUCAGGGUUUAGGAUGUUCUCUCACUGAAGUUGGUUUAUAAGUAGACCGCCUGGCGAAUGCUCUCUCCGUCUCAGCCUCACACUGAUUAGCUGAUGUUACCCGUCCUGGCCUCACCCCUCAGAGGAUUCAUCCUAGUGCCUUCACCUCCUCAAAUUUGUGUGUGUGUGUGUGUGUGUGUGUGUGUGUGUGUGUGUGUGUGUGUGUGUGUGUGUGUGUGU